AGAGAGAGCACACGUGCUGUUUUUCUCACUCAUAACCACCUCCCAUCUCUGCACACAAUCCAUACUGCCGUUAAUUUGGAUGAAUGUGCGCCACAGCUCCGCAGAUCAUGACCGGGGAGCCUGGAUUUCUGCACACAAGGAAGAAACUGUGGCCCAUGACACUGACGGUACCCGCAAUGCAUCACGGACACGACACCCGGUACCCUGCUGUCUCCCUCCCACCUCAGCUGGAGCCGAUGAGGAGACUGUAGCAUCUUAUUACAGAGUUUCUUAGACUCACUAUCGCAUGCAUGCGCGCUCUCAAACCGUUGGCUUUUGUUGCGCCUGGUUUCCAAAGCCGGGCAGCAGUGGUCUGCUCCGCUGUGGGCUGCUCUGGAGACGCAAAGCCGGUAAUUACGCGCUGUGUUGACAACUUUGGCACGGUGCUAUAUGGACUGUGCGUCAGCAACAGGCCAGUUUCUGGGAUGUACUAUUUCUCUUCGGUGGAGUGAAGCGUGAUCCCGGGAGUCAUCUGCAUUCCGAUCGCAUCAUCGAUCAAGUGUGCGCUGCAACCUGUAGCUGUGUGUUCUUUUAUUUCAGUCACUGUUCCACCAAGGCGCAAUGGAGAGACACAGCUGACGGUUUGGAUUCUGUAGCCCGAGGAGGAGAGAAGAAAAAAAGAGAAGGACAGCAGCCCCGCGGGAAACCAUGUAUGGGCGGUACACCCAGGAGCUGGGUGUGUAUGCCAAGGAGGAAGCAGCCCGCCUACGAGACGGAGGAGUGCGGGAUGGAGCAGGGCUGCGGAGGAACACCAGCAUUCGCAGCCGUGCUGCAGAUCUCCUGGAGUAUGAGAAAGACCCUUGUGCAAAAUGCCAAUUGUGUGCAUCUCGCUGUCAGAAGUUCCUGAUCUCGCGGGUAGGAGAGGACUGGAUCUUUCUCAUUCUGCUGGGGUUGCUCAUGGCUCUGGUCAGCUGGGUCAUGGACUACGCCAUCGCCUUCUGUCAAGAAGCACAGAAGUGGAUGUAUAGUGGACUGGACAGUAACAUGCUUCUGCAGUACAUCGCCUGGGUCACCUACCCUGUAGUGCUCAUCACUUUCUCUGCAGGAUUCACACAGAUUCUGGCACCUCAGGCUGUGGGUUCAGGUAUUCCUGAGAUGAAGACGAUACUGAGGGGGGUGGUCCUGAAGGAGUAUCUGACUUUUAAGACGUUUGUGGCUAAGGUGAUUGGUCUGACCUGUGCCCUGGGCAGUGGGAUGCCUCUGGGGAAGGAGGGUCCCUUUGUCCAUGUCGCCAGCCUGUGUGCUGCUCUCCUGAGCAAAUUCAUGGCCGCUCUUUUCGGGGGAACUUACAUGGAAGAGCCCUUUGAGGGAAGCAAGAACGAGCUGAGGAACACAGAGAUGCUGUCGGCUGCCUGUGCAGUGGGUGUGGGCUGCUGCUUCGCUGCUCCUAUUGGAGGGGUGCUGUUCAGUAUCGAGGUCACGUCAACGUUUUUUGCAGUGAGGAACUACUGGAGAGGCUUUUUUGCCGCCACCUUCAGUGCCUUCAUAUUCAGAGUGCUCGCAGUGUGGAACCAAGAGGAAGAGACCAUCACUGCUCUCUUUAAGACCCGUUUCCGUCUGGACUUCCCAUUUGACCUUCAAGAGCUGCCAGCGUUUGCAGUCCUUGGGAUCGCCUGUGGUUUUGGUGGGGCGCUGUUUGUCUACCUGAACCGGCUGAUUGUAGAGUGUAUGAGAAAACAGAAGACUAUUAACAAGUUCUUGCUGAGGAAUCCCUCUAUUCCUGUCAGACGUCUGGUGUUUCCUGCGCUUGUCACCCUGCUGGUCACCACGCUCACAUUCCCCCCAGGCUUCGGCCAGUUCAUGGCUGGACAGUUGACACAGCACGAGUCCCUGGUCACACUGUUUGACAACCGCACAUGGUGCCGUCAGGGUGUGGCCGAGGAAUUUGACUACAUCAGCCACCACCAUGCCUGGAAGCACCCCCAAGUCAAUGUCUUCAUCACGCUCAUUCUCUUUAUCAUCAUGAAGUUCUGGAUGUCUGCUGUGGCUACCACCAUGCCUGUUCCCUGUGGGGCCUUCAUGCCAGUUUUCCUUAUCGGUGCAGCAUUUGGCAGACUCGUUGGAGAAAUCAUGGCAGCCAUGUUUCCUGAAGGCAUACAUGCUGAUGGCAGCUUGUAUCCCAUAGUUCCUGGUGGUUAUGCUGUUGUUGGUGCUGCAGCAUUGUCUGGAGCAGUCACCCACACUGUGUCCACAGCGGUUAUUGUGUUUGAGCUGACGGGUCAGAUCUCCCACAUCCUGCCUGUGAUGAUCGCUGUGAUCCUGGCCAACGCUGUGGCCCAGGCACUUCAGCCAUCACUGUACGACUCCAUCAUCCGCAUCAAGAAGCUUCCUUAUCUACCUGAGCUAGGCAUGGGACAUCAUGAGAAGUACAAUAUCCGUGUGGAAGACAUCAUGGUCAGGGAUGUGCGUUACAUCACUCUUAAUUCUUCCUACCGGGAACUGCAGGAGAUGCUGUUGACUGGUCACCUCAAAACACUGGCCCUGGUUGAAUGCAGAGACUCCAUGAUCCUGCUGGGCUCCAUAGAGCGACUACAGCUCCAGUCUCUGCUCUCUCUGCAGCUUGGCCACCAGCGGAGGCUGGAGUACUUGCGUCAGCUGGCCCAGGACAACGGCACCAACGAUCACCUGCCCGGCCUGACCACCGACAGCAGCCCAAGCUCGCCCUGUUCCCACACCCACAUCAACGAGACGUUGACCAACACCAGCGCUCGCCAAGGGGUCCGCUUCCUGGUGAGCACCCAACAGAUCUCAACAGAGGAGUCUUCCUCCUUCAGUCCGAUGGUUUCCAGCGUUCAGCUUCCUCUGAAAUCUGCCUUGAAAACUGUGUCCGCAGCCAGCGACACAGAGACACCAAAUAGCUCUCAGACCCUCUCCUGUGCUGACCAAGACAAAGAGCUGCUGGAGAGCCCGGCUGGGCCGGCUCCUCCUGACAAAAAGGCCAAGCCCAAACGAGUGAGGAUCUCCAUGGCGGACUCCACUGAAGUGGAAGAUUGCAUGACUCCAUCAGAGAUAGCAGAAUGGGAAGAGCAGCAGCUCGAUGAGCCGGUGGAUUUCAAGAACUGCAAGAUUGAUCCUGCCCCUUUUCAGCUGGUAGAACAAACGUCUCUGCAUAAGACUCACACUAUCUUCUCUCUGCUGGGUCUGGAUCACGCCUAUGUGACCAGCAUGGGACGUCUGGUUGGAGUGGUUUCUCUCAAAGAGCUGCGUAAGGCCAUCGAGGGCUCAGUGACAGUGACUGGAGUGAAAGUGCGCCCUCCAUUGGCCAGUUUCCGUGACAGUGGCAACAGCACAAAUGUGUCUGAGGUAACUGAACUACACAAACUGUGCAUCCGCCACAGGGAGCUUUCGUUGCCACGGGCACCCAACCGUCCCGAUGUGAAGGACCAGCCUGAUCUCCCGUACAAAGAAAUCCCUGUCAACUUCUCAGACCAAACCAAUUUGCAGUUUGAAACCAGCCACGGUGACAUCACAAAUCAGUCGUCAGAUUUGGUGCUCCAGGAAAGCCCUUCAUUCACCGAGGACCAAUCAGAGUUCACUUUUGACUGCAGCCCCUCCCACACUGAGGAAUCAGAGCUGGCCUGUGACUAUGACCCCCCCAUCCACACUCCUGAGCCGGAUGAAACCGAGCAAGGACAGGGCAGUCCAUCUUUGAACAAGGACCAAUCAGAACUUGAGGGACAGGGUAGCCCCGCCCACACCGAGGAUCAGAAUGAUCAUCUCCACACUGUCACCUCAUGAAUGUUGACAUUUCUUACUUUUUUUUCAGGUCACAUUCACCUGUUUAUGACGUCAUGGUGUGAGCGAGUGAGUAGACAUAACGUCAUGUAUCACGUUUUGAAACUCUGCAGAAGCCUGUUUAAAGGAUAGAGCUGGUUUCAUUCUAUAUUUCUAUUUUUGUCAAAAAAAAAUCCUAUAAGAAGAGCAGCAGUGGAUUUGUGUAUCUCAACACUUCCUGCAUUCCUGUCCC